AUGGCCGAGGAAGAAAAAAGUGAAGAACAGAGCGGCAAGGUGAAUGGUGAUACAGAGGCCAGAACAGAAGACUUUCUCGAAUCCCUUCUCAUUGAUGCUUUUAAGGGGAAGGGAUUUCAGAAAAUAAGUGAUCUGCUUCAGGAGAGAGAAAUAGAGCCUCCUCAGAAAUACAGUGAAUCUCUCUUAAACCAGCUAGACAAAGCACUGAGAAGGGAGCUGGACAAGAAUGAAUUCCAGAAUGCUUCCCUGCUGCUGAAAUGUAUUCAGCUCUACUUAAAAAGUGAUCUUGAAGAAGGGACAAGUUUGUUUAUUGAGCAAGGACUGAUAGACAGCUUAAGGAUUAUUAACUCUUCUUCCCAGGUUUUAACUGAUUCUUUUAACUUUUACCUGGUAUCCUGGUUUGAAAGAGCAAGAGCAUUUGUAAUCCUCAUCGACCCAAAUGAGGAUAAAUUUUUGAUGUUUCUUCUUGAAGAAUUCUUUGACUCUGCAUUGGUGAUUUGCAAGUGUAGUAAUGAAGGUAAGAAAGAGCUGGUGAAUUUUUUCUUACCUGAACUAGGGAAUCUAGCAAGAGAAGAAAGUAUUUGCUGUGCUCUGCGGCAGGAGGCUUUGAGGACUCUCAACUCUAUACUUGGCAGCAUCUCACGGGAGGAGAGAAAGAAAUUCCCCCUGUCCGAGGAGAUGUGCUCCCUUUCGAAAGACCUUGCAAAAACUAUACUGGAGGCUGGUGAUUAUGACCUUCAGGUUGCCCUUUCAGAAGCACUUUGUAGGUUAAUGACAAAAAAAUGGAGGGAUGACCUUGUUCACCACUGGUUUGAAGAUAACUAUCUUGCUGAAGCUUUCAAAGAGAUCAAGGACAGAGAAUUUGAGACGGACUGCAGAAAAUUUCUUAACCAGCUAAAUGAAAGGCUUGGGAAUGAAAGAAGAGUCUAUUCAUUUCCUUGCAUAUCUGCUUUUGCUGACGUGAAUGAGGUGAAGAAGCCAUCAGAUGAGAAGCUGGAGAAGUUCUGGAUUGACUUCAAUUUAGGCAGCCAGAGUGUGACUUUCUAUGUGGACAGCAAUGAGGGUACUCUCUGGGACUCUGUGAGGCUGUCGAAAGAAGCAGUCAACCAUUACAACCUGAAGGAGGUUGAUGGAGAAAAAGUUGUUAAAAUUUACAUGAAGGUUCCAAUAAUUCUUAACAAAAUAGAAGCAACAAAAAUCAAAAUAUCUUUCAGUGCUGAGUUUGAAAUCUUGGAUAUACUUAAGAAAGUUCUUGGUGAUGAACAAAUUAUGAUAAAUGUGGAUGAAGAGGAGUCUGUCAAUAAUGGGAAGAAAGCCACGCAGAACGAAACAGGUGCCUGUGGGGCGCCCACAGGAAGGAGAAGCAUCUGUGAACCUGUGAAAGCACAGAAUGGAAAGGAAAAGUGUGUGUUUGCUUACAGCAAGAACCUUCUAACCCUGUUAGAUACCCCAGUGAUACCUGAGUCCACCAGUUCACAGGAUGGUGGGAAAGAUGCUUCAAGCUUGGAAAAUGUGGGUUCUCUAUCAGAUAACACAGCAUCGCAGCACAGCCAGCAGCCAACAGGCACUGUACCACAGAAAGCAGUUAGCUCUGAUGACACUGUGCUUACAGUAAACCUGCAGGCUGAUGUGGAAGAUGCUAACCAAGGCUCAGGGGUGUGGGAGUGCCCACGGGGUGGGCUCUUUGAAGAGAACGGGCAGCAAAGCAAGCAGGAGACUGUGAAGGGUCAUAAUUUGUCUCCGUGGGAAUCUGUGGGUCCCCAGAGCGAUAAAGAUGUCAGGGAGCUAAUAGAAGUUGGGUGUUUCAAGAUGAAACGCCUCGAUGCAGCAAAUUCCUGGGGUAAAAAUGGGAAGAACUGUGAACUCUUCCACCUGUUUGAGGAGGAAAAAGAUGUUUUUGGUUCGGUCAUUCUGCUCCCUCUAGUGUUGCCUCUGAAAAUGAGCGCCUCUUUCCUUCAAGAGGCUUUAGCUCUGUUCUUUGGUCUUCCUGUUCUUUCACUACUACGGAAAGGAGGGUAUAUUGUCACAGAAGCUAAAGGAAAGAUUCUUGGCCAGAAAUUUUCUUCACAAAGUGAGAGGAAUUAUGAAAUGGGAAACAAGAAUGAGGAAUCAAACAAGCUGGAGAGAAGGCGGCGGUCCAAUUACAGGAAACAUGUCUUCUCUGAAAGCAACAAUGAAAAUACAAGUACUGGUCAGAGUGAAAAAAGCUGGAUCCUUGACUCUCAGAAACAGUCGUUGCCAAAAUCUCUUGAUUACAGUCGAAAAAGACCGAGAGUGAGAAGCAAAUUAAAAGAUAUAUUAAGUGGCACUGUCAUAAAAAAACCUAAAUUUUCCACUUUGGAAACAAUUAAUUUGUCCCCCGUCUAUAAACCAAGGAGAGUUUUUGAUUCAGUAGAGAAGGAAGAGGAGAUCCAAACAGGUCAGGGACUGGAAUAUGAUAUGGAUGACCAUUCUUUUCCCAAGAUGGUACAUGAAGACUUCGGUGAUUCAGGGGUGGUUACUGCAUUUGAAAGCUUUGUCAGCCAACUAAAGCAAUUGUUCUGGUCCCGGUACAAAAAGAUGGAGAGCAGCACUCUGAACACCCUGAAGACUUCAGAGAAGAAUGUGUCUGCCCUGCUGAACCAGAUUCAUGAGUGCAGGCUGAGUAAGUUGGAGACCUUCCAGAAGAUUGUUGUUGAAGAGCUUGCCAGUCUUGAGAAGGAAACUCAGGUCUUGGCCAACAUGGAGAAGGAUGCAGUGGUGCGUAUGACUUCUCAAGUCCAGCCAUGUGCCCUGCCCAAAAUUCAGUCUGUUGACUCAGCCUUUGGUGAAACAGCGAAAAGUUUUGCCGGUACUAUCCAGGAUACAACGUAUGAACACCCAGUGAAGGCAGUAGAAAACAACGUGUUUGUUGUUCCUUCUGACUAG